AUGACACCGAGAAACACUGGACAUUUAUAUAUAACUAUAUAUAACUAUAUAUAUAGUCCAGAACAUGAUCUGACAGCUAGGUACGUGGAGAAGAUUGUGGAAGUGCCUCAGGUCAUAUACGAAGAAAGACCUAUUGAAGUGCCAGAGCUGAUCCAUGUGGAGGCUGUCACACAGGUGCCAAGGCCUCAUGUACAAUUCGUGAAGAAAGAAGUGCCGAAGGUGGUUCUUCAACCACAGGAGAGGAUUGUGGAGGUGCCGCUAACCCUGACACAGGAGCGACCGGUGGAAGUGCCGCAAGUCCAUGUGGCCGAAUUGAUGGUGCAAGCGCCAUCCUUAGUCGAAUUUGUUGUGCCUAAGAUCAUCGUGCAGGCAGAAGAGAAGAUUGUCGAAGUACCACAGGUCUUCUACGAGGAAUGUCUCAAACAUGUCCCCCAAGUUCAAGUGGCUGAAGUGAUCAAGGAGGUACCGCAUUACCAGAAGCAGGUUGUGCAAAAGCAUGUGCCCAAGAUUGUGGAAACCAAAGUUGUGGAGAAGGUUGUACCCGUACCAGUGAACCUUGUGCGGGAAACUGCAGUGGAGGUUCCCCAGGUAGUGCAGCAUGAAGUCAUUCGGCAGAAAGCCUCUGGAGCGAUGCAGCAACGCAUCAUCCAGACAGGCUGGCAGUACCAACGGUCUGCAAGAAAGGAGGAAGUCGUCAGCGGGAUCGCCGAAGCGCAGCAAGGAGGUAUCUAUGAUGCUCCUGUGGCUUCUGUCCGGCGUGUGAGCCUUCCAACCAAUGAGGUGGAGGUCUCUGCUGUGAUUACUGAGCAGUCUGUGUCCCACGAAGCUCCUGUGGUGACCACAGUGAACCUAAAGCCUGGCAUGUUUGCUCAGACUCAGGUGGCCCCUGCACCAGUCACCACCUAUGGCACUGCGAUCGUGGGCACAAUGGGCACUGGUACAGCUGCUGCGCCAAGCACCUUCCGCGCUGCCCAAGCCUGUCCCUGCAGAACGGCUUGGGGUACAGGCGAUGUCUCGGCCAGCGCAGCCGCUACCAGUGGUGCUGCCGCAAGCACUAUGCGGACCACUCGUGCAGAAGCAACAGCUUGCGCCAACUGCGGCAAUGUUCUCAUGCCUGACUCUAGCUUCUGCCGAAAAUGUGGAGCUGCCCGCUCUGUCCCAGGGGCUCCAGACCCUUUCCUGGUAACUGAGCCAGUGGCCCCCGGCUAUGGAACCAUCAACACGCAGUCCACCUUGCUGCUGGGCGAAAUUAAUAUCCAGCCAGUGGACCACAUUUGA